AUGCGGGUCCAACUCCUCCUCGCCGGCGCCGUCGCUACCCUGAGCUACGCCGCGCCCACCCUUACGGCCCGCCAAGAGGACGAACCGCGCAAGCCGCCCAAGAGCGGCUUCGGCAACGGCCUCCCGCCCUUCGUCGCCGACGUCCUCGAGGCCUUCGUCAUAAGGAGUGGCACGCCCGAGGACGUGCUUCGAGUCGAGAACGAGCGCAGGAUGGGCCAGGGUUCCGACGACCUGCAGCCCGUCGCCAUCCUCCCUCGCCAAUGGAAAAACUCAUACUGGUUGGAGCACGACAUAGCCAAUGCGAGGAAGGAGGCCUGGUCCCGGAUGCUGCUCGAGAGCAAGAUGGCGCAGGGCACCGACGACCUUCAGCCCGUCGCCGUCCUCUCGCGCCGCCAGGACUAUUUGCCGCCAGCAUAUACCCGCUUGCAAAAAGAAAUCUUCUACGGGCUACACGAUGCCUGGGACAAGUACGUGCUCGAUCGCAAGGUAGAGCAGGGCACCGACGAUCUGCAGCCCGUCGCCAUCAAGGCGAGGUCGGCCGAGGCGGGGGCGGCCGAGGGCCACGAGCUGUUCGACCUCGCUCUGGACAAUGCCGCGUACGAGUGGAGCGUGGCGCACGGAGAUGCGGGCGCCGACAAGGGCGGCAGGGCUGUCAUCGAGACGUGUGUCCGCGAGGCGGAUAAGGACAAGGUCACGGUCCGCGAGAAGAAGGAGGACGGCGACGGCGGCGGCGAAAAGGAUGGCAGGGUGAAGGUCGUCGUGGAGGGCCUGCCGCAGAGUUGCUGCGCCAUGUUGGAGGAGUGGAAGGGUCUCGAGGGACACGGUCUCGAUUUCGACGUUGUUGGCCAGGGUUUCGUCGAGGUGACCUUGUGA